CUAUAUAUAUACAAGUCCACCACACUAGACCAAAGCAUUCAUCAUUUCAGCAAAAUUCUAUCCAAAAGAAAAUUUUUGAGCAAAUACAUAAUAACAAAUAAAAGAUGGGUUGCUGGUCUGCUGAGAAUGCUACAAAUGCCUACCUCAAAACCUUGAGAAUGGGUCAAAAGGCAAAAGAGCCAGAUGUAGCUGAGUUCAUUUCAGCAUUAGCAGCAGGCAACAAUGCACAACUAAUGGUUGUGGCCUGUGCGAGUUUUUCCACCUCUACAGUGCUAGCCCUAGUGGCUGCAGCUCAUCAGACCGGCGGUCGUGUUGUUUGCGUUCUUAGCAGUAGCAAGGAGUUGCAAAUAUCUAGACAAAUCCUAGGCUUCGAUACCUGUCAUGUUGAGUUUGUUGUUGGAGAAGCAAAAAAUCUUAUAUUAACCCAAUAUAGUGAAGCAGAUUUUGUGCUUAUUGAUUGUAACCUAAAUAACCAUGAAUCCAUUCUUGGAGCGGUUCAAGCAAGCAGGAAACAAAAUGGUGCUGUUGUUGUAGGAUAUAAUGCAUUGAAUAAAGGAUCGUGGUGGUCAACUGGGUCAAAAACCCAGUUGUUGCCUAUUGGAGGAGGAUUGCUAGUAACUAGAAUAGCAGCAGGCUGUGCCAAGAUUGGAAAUUUAAAGAAGAGUAGCCAUUGGGUUGUCAAGGUAGAUAAAUGCACUGGUGAAGAACAUGUUUUCAGAGUCAGACACCCACAAAGAAAGCAAGUUGAAGCUUAAAAUUUGUUUCAAUACUAGCUUUAUUGGCUGCAUAUGGGAGUAGAAGUGAAUUUUGUUUUUAAUUUCAUUUUUCUCCAUUUUCAAGCAUGCUUGCUGGCCAUAGGAAUUAAAUAAGCACACUAGGUUAUAGUUUAAUUGGAGUAAUUACAAGAGUUUUUUCAUGAGUCCAAAAAUGUAAAAUGUAAAUGAUCUUUUUAUAUACCUAUAUGUAGUAUUCUUAAUUAAUGUAUAUGA